UCAUCAAAACACUACAAUUUCACAAAGCAAGUCACAUCUAAAUUAACCACCUCGUUGACUCUGUCAAAAUUCAAUCGUAAAACUUGCGAAAACAUUACCAUAAACAACAGGAGAAUGGUAGCCCACAAUAAAAUACGACUCAGAUUAUGCGAUCCGAAUAAGUACCGGCUGCCUUUUAUCAAAGAACAACUUCGGAAAAAGGUGCCCAAUCCCUGGUAUGCUCUAACCGAACGGGAAUUGAACAGAAUACGCAAACCAUUUGAGUCUUACGAUAAGGAAUUAUUAGCUGACGGAUAUCCGGAGUCCAGUAAACAUCUCGAAAGGUUACUGGCUGUUAGAAAUGAAUUCGGAGUACGAGACACUGUACUGAUCGACAAUAAAGAUUUAAUAAGCCAUACGAUGAAUUGCUUGAGGGAUUUGGAGAAUUGUGAACGUGAAAGGUGUUCUGUGACUGUGGCAAUCGACAAUCUUGUGCGUCUUGCGUCCAAAAUGACCAAGAAGUCAGUUGGAAUUGCUUGUGAAUUAUACGAAAUAAUCUUGGACGAACUAGAGUCAGUCGAAUGUACGGAAUUAUUGAAAGCUGACGUUCAGUUUGCAUUCGGAAAGUAUCUGGUCGACAUAAAGAACUUUGAAAGAGCCACUGGAAUACUCAAAGAAGCGUUGAAAUAUUCCGAGGAAAGAAAUUUCUCUGAUCUUUCCAGAAGAAUUUGUAGAGUUUACUACGAGUCGCUUUACAACUUAAGUCUGGAGGUGCAAGUAACUGAUAAAGAGUUAGCAAUUCAAUUAGCCGAUAACUCAAAGGACAUUGCCCUCACAAUAAAUGAUCAUAAAGCAACGAGCAAGAGCUACCUUAAGCGUGGAAGCAUUUUGAUGUCGAUGGAAAAGUACGAAGAUGCAAUAAGUGCCUUCAAAUCAGCCACUUCCGAACUGAAAAAUUUGCCGGACUUAGACCUUAAAGUUGAGAUUCUCUAUAAACUAUCGACGUGCUAUUUUACAACAAAAGAUUAUCGAUCAUGUCUGCUGAGCUUGGGCGCUCUAGGUAGACUGGCAACUAUCUACAACAAAGUCGAAUAUCGAGCUCACUUCGAACGGAUCGAUGGUAAUGUCAAAUUGUUGAUUGGUCAAAAUUUGACGGCACGGAAAAAUUUCCUCAAAUCAAUCGAAAUUUACGAAGACAUUGGAUUGCAUGAAUAUGCUGCAAGUUGUAGGUACUUGGAAGCUGUAGCCAAGUGUGAACAUUUAAUCAAACCAUGGAUCGCGCUACUGAUAGACGGCGAGAAGGAGAGGUCUUUCGACGAGAGAUUUGAGUUAAAUGAAUCAAAGAAUUUGAUUUUCAAUUGGAAGGUGAAACGGGAAUUAUUCAGAGAGAUGAGUGACGAAUAAAUGUUUGGAUGAU